AGCCUCGAUCUCCCAGACCUGACUUUAUAUAUCGGCGCUACACGGGGGCGGGGAGGUUGAGGUUCAUUUGUACAGGACGAGCUUGAUUGAGUGAGUAGGAGUGUGAUGGCCAACUGUGGUGGAUGGAACGAUCCUCCAACACUCACCUACCAACCAACCAUCACAUCACGGACUGUUCUGAGUCGCAGACCGAAUCACGUGCCCGGUUUUUCAUCGAAAUCUCACGAGAACGGUCCGUCGUCGACUCUCUCUCUCGCGUCAGGACCGCCACUCGCACCACUAAACGAGAAACAGCCUACGAAGGCGACGGUGCCAGACACUGACACUGACACUACAAAGACAGUCAUAACCGGAAGUGACGUCAUUGAUGAGUCGGGUUCUGUUAUUGGUGAUUUAGAAUGUGUGUUCGAGAGGCAGAAAUCUCAGCUUGAUAAACGGCUUCUGGAUGACGUCAGACGUCGUCUUGGAAUUUUGAAGGGUCAAUGGGAAUCGGGAGCAUUAUCUCCAUCCGUCAAGGAACAGUUGAGGAAACUAGUCGCCGCAUUGGAAGCAAGAGACAAACGAGCAGCUCACGACAUUCACGUGGCCCUCAUGGUCAACCACGUUACAGAAGUAAAUCAGUGGAUGGUUGGUGUCAAGAGGCUCAUAGCAACAAUACAGGACGACCAAAGUUGUGCAGCUACGACAGAGAGCUUGCUGCCAAAUGGAUUGGGAAGUGGCGAGAGUUGAUAUUUGAGGACCCAUUUGAUAUUAACAAGAUUAAAUAACAAACUGGUUGUCAAUUGAAUCUCGAUGAUUAUGACACCAUAGUGUUUCUAUAAAUGCUUUUGAGUUGAUGGCAGAGUUAGUUACUAAGUGAGAAAAAUAGAUUUUAUAUAUACA